UGCCAAGUUCAUGCAUCGAUGACAUACAUGUACAUGUAUUUUGUGUGACCAAUAAAUAUGUAGGCCUAUGACGGAUGGGAUGACUUGGAAGAAUAGACCUCAGCCAGCUACGCUCUACCGUAGUCGUACAUGUCUGUAUUGUGCACUAUACACUGUCAAGUAUCAAUGGUGUCCCUAACAACAUGAUGUUGGAAAUGUAGGUAGGCCUAUUUACAACAUGUACAUGUAAUUUAGGAAAUAGCGAAUUACGGUACCGUAACGUAACAGUACAUGCAAUGGACAACUGUUAAUGGCACUGCAUCAACCGUACACGUGUGUGUGUGAAAAGAGACUCCUGCUGGUCAUAUUGGCUCUAGACUGCUGUUCCAGGAGAUAAUGUGGUGUCAGCCACCAUUGGCACUGGUUUACGCUGGACAACAGCAAUGAAGCCCGCCUAUCUGUUCCGUGACCAGGUCAACGCUCUGGCCAUUUGGUUCAAGGAGUGGAACGACUGUGAGCAGACCGUGGCCCUGUAUUCACUCCUGAGGAGGGUCAGCCCGACACAAGCCCGCUUCUUAACGCAAGUUCUGGAACAAACCCUUGCCGAUUCUGAUGAGUGCCAGCGAUUGGAACAAGAGGCUAAUGACAUCAGUUUUGUUUGCAGUCUGUGCAAUGAGAGUAAAGAAAUAGCCGUAGCCCAACUCUUGUCCCAUCUCCCCCUGCUCCGCCCUGGCAACAACGAUGUCAAAAAAGAGUACCUCAGCCUCAUCCCUAAGAUCCUCCUCCACUCGGUCGAGAACUCCCAGCACCUGGAGGAGAGUCGGCAGGUGCUGUCUUAUCUCCUCAUCCAUCCGGCGUUGUCCAACGAGGACCGGAGCUCACUGGCCUGGUGGCUGGGCCGGUUAGAGGAGCACACCAACAGCCAAGCUGGCUUCCCCUCCCGCCUCCAGGUCUCGCCGGAUCUCUCCCCAUCACAGUCGCCGUCCCCGUCGCCAUCCCCGUUCCCUGGCGGCAUUUUGAACUCAUCAGAGACUGGACGAAAUGGCCUGCAGGGCGGCCUGAAUGGCUGGCGGGCACAGCCAACCUUCAGAGACUCUGGGGCAGUGGAUUUUCCCCCCACUGCAUCACAUUUUCUAGGCAGUUCCGUGCCCCAUCAGCCACUGACCAAUACCCUCUCAGCACCACCAGCUGUGAAUGUCACUGGGCCAUCUAAUGAUGUAGCAAGUAAGUACUUCUCAAGUUCCUUAGCUGGCCCGUCAUUACCAGUGCACCAGCGGAAGAGCCGUAGCCAUUCCCUGACCCCGCCCAACUCCUGCAGCAACACACCCUCCCCCCAGCCACUCACUGACUGGCCCUCAGAGGAGGAGCUGGAGCCUCGGACUAGCCGAUCGCUGUCGCUGCCCAUUGACCAUGCCCCGCUCUCGCCGCAGAGCAGUACGGCCUCCUCAGGGAGCAGCACUGAGGCCCACGGGGAGGACGGCGGAUUGUGGAGCCAUGGGGGCGGCAGUGGUCAGCCGGGGCCCCCGAAGAGGAACAGCUUCCUGGAGGAGAACAGUGGCAUGAGAGAUGUACCUUCCUGGUUGAAGAGUCUGAGGUUACACAAGUAUUCAGGGUUAUUCCAACAGAUGACGUACGACGAGAUGAUGCUGCUCAAUGAAGGCAAGCUGGAAUCGAUGAAUGUAACGAAAGGUGCCAGACAUAAGAUUGUUUUGAGCAUCCAGAAGUUGAAGGAACGACAGCUAACCCUUUAUAACCUAGAGAAGGACAUUCUCAAUGACAACAGCCCAGGUAAUCUCCGUAAUGCCCUGAAUGAGGUCAAAAGCAUGCUGAAUACUCCGAUCAAGGUGUAUGAACCACUAGAGUCUUCCAGUGAGGACUCGACGUCCUCACAGCCAAGUGAGGAUGGAGAGAAAGAAACCAAGGAAGGAGAUUUCCCCGGCCAACUCACCCGGUUCAUGGGAAAGAUGUGCACCCAGUUGUUGGUUGCAAAGAGACCAGAUGAGGACAACGUCAGCUUGUACCUGCAACUCCUGGAUAAGUGUCUCAACCACGAGGCCUUCACUGCUGCCCAGAAGAAACGUUUCUUGUCAUGGCGUCAGAGCUGUCAGAAGUUUUCCCGCAACCCGUACCCCCGCAAGCUAUCCCUCCAAGAGACCAAACAGCCUAGAACGUGGGGUCAUUAUAGUUCCAAUUACCCAGGGGACUAUGGCGUGUUUGCUGCCCAAGGGCCAGGAGGUAACAGGAGACCAACUCGGCCACCCUUUGCACAGCCUCAACCUCAGGGUCAAGCUCAACCUCAUCCCCAACGCAUUAACUCGUUGUUGACUGGGGGAGGUAGUCCUGCACUCUUCCGGCCAACACAGACAUCCAACAUGUAUAUGAAACCCAGACAGCUCCCCGGUAACCCUCACAUUGGUGUCCAGCGCACCAAGUCGGCCCCCAUCAGAAGAUCCUCCCAGCCUGCCCAGCCGUACCUGUACCAAGCCCCGCCCCCACAAGACGUCUCUAACCAACCCAUGGGGGACCCCGAGAUAACCAAUCGUUUGGAGAACCUUUGCCUGAGCAUGACGGAGCAUGCUUUAUCUGACGGGGGAGAACAACACAAGAGCAACAGAAAUUGAAAAAUGUCACGUUCCACAUGGAGAUACGAGAUUCUAGUCACACCUGAAGGUCUUUGUCAAUGGGGGAACAUACUGGCACAAGGACAAUGGAGGAAAGCCAUGCCCCCCGUCUUCCAACCACCAAUGGUGACGAGGUCAACACUCUGUCACUCACAACCUACUGUCAUGCAAAUUGGACCGCAGUCCCAAGUCGUACGCCAAGGGCCCUGGAUGUUGCACAUUGAGCUGUAGUCACUGUGUGGUGUGAAGUUGAAUUUGGGCCUUUACCAUGCGCCAUUUUAACCAUCCAAAUAUGUACAGUAUAUUUGCAUUAUUAAUGGUACAAGUUGUUCUUAUUCCCCCAAAUUACAAGAUGAACGAGGAUGAUUGUUUUCUUUUUUUCGAACCGUUGUAUUCCUAAUGAAUAAAGGAAUGAUUUGAUUAGAUGAUUUAAAAAACAAGUGAUGCACUCUGUUUCAUUUUAUUCGGUACAUGUACGUGUACUUCCUUUUUUUUCUGUCAAAGAAGACACUAUGCUGAAUGAAAUCAGCAUAUUAUGUUUUUGAAGAAGCACGUUGCUUAUCUUUUAAUUAUCUGGUUCAUUGUGUCACACUUGUUUCCUCCGAAGAAAUGUUUGAGUUCAUUUCUGACAUGAAUUUCUCAGGAGGGAAAAAUUCAUACAUAAAGUUCACUCACUUUUAUGAAAAAAAAGGAAAAUCAGUUUGUGGGCAAAAUUUAGUCCAGUGGAGGGACUCCAGUCAGAAGUUAUAUUUUGUGUGAAACAUUCUUCAAUUGUGUUUCAUUUUUCAAAUAAUUUCUGAAUCUACUUUAACCAACUACAUGUACCUUGGAGCUUGUGGAAAUUUCAUGUACAGUAAAGGUAAAGACACACAUUUCUGGAAACCAUCAGUUCACGUUUGAAUGCGUUGAAUUUGUUUUCUUUUAUGAGACUGGAAAAGUUUAAAAUGUCUUCUCAUAUGUAUACAUGUAUGUCUUGUUGCACUAAGUUUUCCUAUUGUAAACUUCUAUGUAAACUUACAAUAUGCUGUAUAUUUUGCUUGAAAAAAAUGUUAUUGGUCAAUCUGUGCUCCUUUUUUGAACUCUUGUACAACUGAUGUGUAAACAAUCAACAUGUCCAUAUAUGUGUACAUAAACUCUAAGUAUGUAUGUAACUUCAACAUUUCAGAGGGAAUUAGUUAUUUGUGAAAUUCCCUAAUCUAGAGAUAUUUUCCAGUUGACUGAUGAAAAAAGUUUUUGGUUUUGAUAUACUUAGUGGAUGGACUCUGACAGUAAAAUCCUAGACUUCCCAAGGUCUGUCAUUGGACAUGGGCAAAGCGGGAUAUAUAAGUGGUUUCAAAACUCUUUUGAAAAGUUUUGAUUGUCAGUGUCUCUUUUCCUCUCUGUUUGGUGCUGUGCACCUUGACUGAAGAUAUACUGUAUUUGCACUCUCAGGCUGCUUUCAAGAGGGUUACAGACUUCCAAGUGAGUGAACACGACGAAUAUGAUGCACUAAUGAGCAAGGCAUACUCUUGAUUGGAGCAGCAGUGUAUGCAGAGUCAAAUUCAACAACACAUGCUUUAAGUUUUUUGACGGGAAUCCACACAGCCGAGUGGGCUAUUGUGAGGGUUGUAUAUGUACCUUGGAUUUUUAUGUUUAGCGCAGGGUGUGAGGUUUGACACUUAAGGUAAAAUUUCUGACAUUAAACAUGAGGAUAGGAAAUGAUCUGGAAACAAGGUUAGACCUGUAUGGAAUAUAUGUUUGCCUCAGCUAAAGUGCAUUGGUGCCACAAGUUGUAACCUCGUGAUGGACAAACUGAUGGUUUUGUAUUUUCUUUUUGUUCCUUAUGGCUGUGGUGCACCAUUUAUUAGUGUAUUAAUAGUUGAGCACCAUAAGUCUAGAUUGAGUUGGGGAAACCACUACAUUUACAAGAAUGCCUCUGAGAGGAGUAAACAUUUAACAAACAAACACACCCUGGAGGUUGUGCUACACCUUGGUUUUUAAUUUAGCUCUGUUUUUAAUAGAAAACUAAGUGAACAUUGAAAAGGUAUAUUCUGACAUGGAGACAGAAUUCAAAUUCUUUAGAAGCUUUUGAUAACUUAAACUCUUGAGCCAUUGAAAAGAAUGUAGGCAAUGGUAAGUUGUCUACAGUCUGGAAAGUGUUGUAGUUUUAUUUUCUGGAAAAAGACAACCUGACGCUAACUUGCUUCAGCACGUCAUGCUGUCAAUUAAUUACCCUGGUGGUAUAUGUACAGUGUCGUCUUCAAGUCUGUUUUAGUUUGCCUUUGUAGUGAUUUAGAAUUCUUGUACUUUUGGUUGAGUUAAUUUGCGUAAUCUUUAGCUUUAGUUUGGUGUUUAAACCUGACGUGGUUUUGAUACCUGUUAGAAAUAUUCAUGUGCCGUGCAAUGCUUAAAAAUUGACGCUUGAACAUGUAAUCACUUGUUGUUUCUGCAUUUCAGAUAGUUUCAACUUAUUUACAGUUCUGGGCCUCUGGUGCUUUAAAACAAUGCAAAAAAGUAAUUGGAUUGCUCAAACCAAAAGCGUGCACUGCAUUGUGGAAAAAGGUCAGUGUUGUGGAACUCUGUUACAUAGCGAUAACAUACAGCUUGGCAUUGUCAUACCUGACACAUGAUGUCACAACCAAAUCUUGCAACUUCCUCUUCUCAUCAGGGCGAGGGAAACUGGAAUUGUUCUGUUUACUAACUGGUAUCCAUCUCAUUUGUUGGAUAUUUGCAAUCUUCACCAUGCUGUAGCUGUGGAAGCCUUAUGUUGUUACCGGUGCUGAUCUGUGAGCCAGGGGUAAACCUCUUUUCGGGACCAUACUGGAAUUGUUCCUAUUCCAGAACUUAAGAUUAGUCUUUGGUGAGCAAACCAACUCUUUGACACUCCAUGUAAGGCACAUUUGUUUUUGAAUUGUUUUGGAAACCCUUGCAGUAGUGAUUUAAAACUCAAUCUGCCAAUGUCUAAGGUUUCCAAAAGACCCUUAAAGUUCACACAUUAGAAGAAAUGUGGAAGUAGAGUUUAGGAAAUUAGUUGACCACCCAUUUGAUUUUGAUUUUUUUUUCUGUAAAUACAUUCUGAUGAAGUGCUGCGUCAAAUAGAGCGGAAAGCUGAUCAUUGUUGCAUUUCGUUGAAUUUACAUUUGCACUACAACAAAAUACCCUGGUGGUAACACAGUUUUUGUGAAAAAAUGUAAAGUAAAGAAAGAAAUAAGAGUUCACAAUAUUAACCCAUGAUGGAUUCGUGGCUGGUUAACGUUGAUAUAUUAACAUUUCCGAGCUGGACUUUAUAAGUUUUAUUUUUUUUCCUGUAUACUGAAUUGACAAAGAAAUAGUAGCAGAGGUUUAUAUUGAUUAGACAAGUACCUUGAUAUUCACAAAGUAAUUUGGAUAUUUAACAAGGUUUUCCUAAAAGCUGGUCUUCAAAUUUUUCAGGACUAUUUUUCCAACUGAUGUGGAGAGAUGAUUGUAAGGUAAUAUUUAAAAAAAGGGAUUACUAAAUCUGUGUUUGGUGGUCUGAGCUGGUCUUAACUGUGGCAGUAGUUAGGAUAAGAGCGUUACCCAGUGGAAUUGCUUUUGUAGACUGUAUUGAUGUUUUAAUACUGAGAAACAAGAGGAGUAGCAUAAAUUGGCUCAACUAACAUUCAUAGUGUUGCCACCAAUUAAUUUAGUGCUGCUUCGAAUUUGGAAUACUUGUCUAAGGGGAGUUUUGUCAGUUUUGUUCUAGUUGGACAGAAAGUGUGUCUUAUACGUUUUAGUGUGAUGUACUCUUAUUUCUUACUGGUGAAAGGUUUGCUUUCGCAUUCAGCCUAUCAUGAGCUGCGCUACUUGGCAGUGGACAAGGAGAAGUUUCCUUGUGGAAUCAGAGAAUUUGCAUCCAAAGAGUGAGGCAACUGCCAAGUAACAUUUGCCUCGUGAGCGUCAGACAGGUUGGAGCAAAACCAAAGCAGUUAAAGACUCACUUUUGAAAACUUGAUGCUCAUAAUUCAAAACAAAAGUAUGCGAGUGAUAGUCCCUAAAAUAUUAGUCCCCAGGAUGAUUUGUGUCUCUUGGCUUGCUGUAAGUUUUCAAUGAUUUGACGGUUGGUUUUUCUUGAAACGUAAAUCGUGAUUCUCAGUUAGGGGAAAACAGCAAGAUGAUUGUUGGUAUAAAACACAUCUGACCUUGCUGUCUCAGUUAAAGCAAAUAGAAAUCAACCAAAAUCCCAAAUCAUAUGAGUGAGCAGUUGAAGUGUAUAAAGUUGCAGCUUCUGUAGACUCAAGCAAAUUUGAAAGAGAUCCACCACAUCAGGUUUACCUAUUCCUUUGAUUCCCUCUCAACCCCAAAAGUGUGGAGAGAAUGCCUGGUGGGUUCCCUGACUCACCCUGUCCAUUUCCAACAGUCUGACCAUGUGGCUGGUUCCACAUGACAGUGAAUCCUAGAACAAAACCUUUUGAAAUGUUGUCCUGCAUGUCUGGACAGUUGGAUUUUUCAGAGUAGAAGAGACCAUUUUUUUUAUAAUAUAGUAGAGAUUGGAUCUAUUUUGCUUAAGUUUAAUACUUCAAACCUUUAAAACCAUACAAAGUAAUCACCUCACCCCAAAUCCAUGUAUUUAUGUAUGUAAUUGAAAUGUUUUGAAUUAAAACCAUAUUUUUUUUUGCUGCAAGAGGCAAGAUAGCUUGUGAGGAAGCCAGCAAUCAUAGAAAAUGCUGCACCUAUCGUCUGCCAAACCCAAAUUCAGAGGACAGCAUUGAAAUUAUUUUUAAAAUGUUGAUUUUAGAGCUUAGUCAUUUUAGUUGAUAAAGACUCUUCAGGGAAAAGUCAAGUUCUGCCAUUGGUUUAAUCUUGUUAUCACUGAGAGACUGUCAUGUUCUUAGUUCCUUUUGCUGCUGUGUUGUGAGGUAUCUUACACGAUGUACACUCCUCGGAUAUGAUAACCUGGGCAUGACACUUGUUUUGGGCCAAAUAUCAUUGAUGUAAGGUGGAAUUCUGUGUUUUUAUGUACGUUUUGAUGCUACAGACAGCAGAAUUGUACCCUUGCCAUGUAAACAUAGAAUUAUUAGAUGUACGCGUGCAUGCAAGCUGGAAUUGUUUUUGCUAACUCAUGAAGUAGUCAUUCCAGAAUUUGUUGCUUUGGCAAGUAGAGAGUCUCUGCCUACAGUAAAUACAGAGCCAUGAAUUCGGGUCAGGCAUGUUUUCAAGAAAGAUAGGAGUUAGAGAUGUUCGAUAAACAUGCAAGCGCUGUAAACUUUUUCACAGAAAAAGCUUGUAGAAAGUGGUAUUAUUUGGCAUUAAUCUGUCUUUGGUGUAAGGGAUUUUGAAAUAUAUCUUUAUCAGAUUUCUUAGCGUUUUUUUCCAGGUUGUUUUUGAAUUCAGAAAUUGUCACAAGAAAAUGGAGACAAUGCUUUUUAGCUGGGUUAGAAAUUCACGAUAAAAUGUUAAUUUCAUUUUAGUUCUUAAUGGAAUCUUCUUCCUCUUGUUUGUAUUUCAAGCUUUGGAAAUUGGACAUUUAACAUUCUAACCAUUUUGAAAUCAAGACGCUUAACAAACAGGGUCUUAAAUAUUCCUUUCUUUGCAAGUGGUCAUUUUGUUUUCAUUUCAGUUACAUGUACUCAGAAAUGCAUGGCCAAUCAUUGACGUGGUCAGAAAAAAGUGGACAGUCAAAGACAUUUUGAAAUGAAAUAAUUUUCAGGAGUGAACCCAAUGUGCUUAAAGUUGGCGCAAAACAGAAAAAGGGUUUUCUAAGGUUCUUGCAUGCUGCACAAAAAUAUGAAUAUAUAAUGCCAUAACUGUAUCAUAAAGCCUAUACAUGUACGUGAAAAAUGUAAUCGUAUAAAUUUAAUCAAGAUGCUUAUAAGUAAGGCAAUUACAACUAUAACUCCCCCAGUGAUGUUUGUUAUCUUCAUCUUCAUUGAAUUGAAGGUUUUACCAGCUUCUUUCAGAUGGACAAGAAAUGGGAGAAAAUUUAAGAAGAUUUUGUUUCAACAGUAAUAUGAAAGAAUGGGGAUUCUUAAAAGAGGGGUGUGACAAUGUUGCAAUUAUUCAAGAUCAGAUUUUUGUAACAACCACAAUAAAGUGCACAUUGUUACUGUUAGAGUGAAAGUUUUCAAGUAAUAGAUUAAUUUCCCCUCUUUGGAAGACAUUCUUAUCGAGUUACUUUUUCAAACACAAUAACAAAAAUAAAACAGGACAUGAUUUGCUUUGAAUUUAUGGCAAAUUCACCAGAUCUCUUCAGUUUAAUUCCUCUCAUAUUAAGAUAUUUAUUGCCUGAGGAACAGCCAAGAAACACCACUUAAAGUGAUAAUUUUCUUAUGAAUAUUCAUAACUUUGCCUGAGAAGUCGUUGCUCUUCAUUUGUUCUCACAUACUACUCCCUUUGGUGUCCAUGGUUACUGAUAAUGUUGCCGUUACUGUCUAUAUGUACAUGUACCCAUAACUGUUAUUGUACAUCUCUCCUUGCGGACUUUGUCAGCUUACGUGUACAUUAACUGUUCGCCUCUGUUUGGCGUUGGCAAUUAAAACGAAAGGAAAGAAGAAAAAGACAAAUCAUGCCAUAAAUCA